AUGCCCCGAGAUAUCCUCAACAUGCUCGGCUCGAAGACCACCACCACCUCCAGUAAGGUCACCAAGCCCGUCCACAAGCGCCACGACGUCGCCAAGCCGCUAAAUCUCGGGGGAGUCCAGUCGCUGUUUAAUAAGCGAUGGACGAUUGGCCGAGGAGUUCCCAUAAUCUGCAACCAGCCCGACCCCAAACAGUGCCUAGCCGCCGUCGCCGACGCCACCAGCAAGCAGAUCAAGAUCGCCCUGUUCGAUUUGGACUACACGUUGGUGAAAACGUUGACGGGGGCCCGUUUCCCUUGUGACAAAGAGGACUGGCGCUGGUGGAACCUGGGGGUGGCCAAACGGCUCAAUGAGAUAGCCAAGGAGUAUCUCGUCGUCAUAUUCACCAAUCAAGGCGCCGUGGUGGCGAGAAAAGACGCCAAACUGUAUACCAAGUUCACCCAACGCGUUAACGGGGUGGUGGCUGCCACUAAGCUCACCGAACAAGUGGUGGUGUAUGCUGCCCCGAAAAACUCCGAUAAGCUGACUCGUAAACCCGAGAUUGGCAUGUGGACCGCCCUCGAACAAUUUGUCGCCGAGAACGGCUACUCCAUCGAUAAGCUGAGGCUGUAUUUUGUUGGCGACGCUGCCGGCAGGCAAGGCGACCAUUCUGAUUCGGAUAAAGUGUUUGCCGAGAACGUGGGGAUUGCGUUCCGGACCCCGGAAGAGGAGUUUACCGCCCAGGACCCUUAA